AUGGGCCGUAAUAACAAAAAACGUGGAGGCAGGCGUGGUGGCCGAGGGGGGUCGCGUGCUGACACUCGUACCGAUGUUGUCACCGAGUCGGAAAUGUUCAAUCAGCGGCUCGAUUCGUACUACAAGAAGCAGCAAAUAAUACCAGACGACGCAUGGGAUGAAUUCAUGCAGUCUCUGCGACGCCCGUUGCCCACUACCUUUCGAGUUGCAGGCAGUAGACAGACCGCAAAAUCAAUAAACGAACUAAUACAAAACAACUACGUGCCCAGUCUGAAGGACGUGCUGUUUGAAGGACAGCCGCUACCGCCUCCGGAACAGCUUCCUUGGUAUGCGUACCCAGAAGGACUGGCUUGGCAAUUCAAUGUUGCAAAGCCUGUUCUUCGCAAGCAGCCCGAGUUCAAGAAGUUCCAUUACUUCCUUGUUUCCGAGACAGAAGUCGGCAACAUCUCCCGCCAGGAAGCCGUCAGCAUGCUUCCCCCUCUGUUUCUCGAUGUUCUCCCCCACCACAAGGUCAUGGACAUGUGCGCUGCUCCCGGUUCCAAGACAGCGCAACUCCUCGAGGCACUGCAUGCCGAUGACACAGUCACCUCAACGUCCGUUCCACCAGGUCUCCUUAUAGCCAACGACAGCGACCAAAAGCGGACGCACUUGCUGAUCCAUCAGUCGGCAAGACUGCCCAGCCCAGCGCUCAUGGUCACCAACCUAGACGCGUCGAUCUACCCCAUCAUCAAAAUCGGCGGCAGCAACUCCAAACGCCACACGAACCAACUGCUAUUUGAUAGGAUCCUUUGCGACGUGCCCUGCAGCGGCGAUGGGACCAUCCGGAAGAACUCGGGCAUAUGGCGCAAAUGGCAGCCGGGCGACGGCAAUGGGUUACAUGCACUCCAGGUUCGCAUACUAGUGCGGGCCAUGCGGAUGGUCAACGCGUCUGGAAGGAUCGUGUACUCCACUUGCUCGCUCAACCCCGUUGAAAACGAGGCCGUCAUUGCCGUCGCACUUAAGACAUACCCAGAGUACGAACUGGUCGAUGUAUCAUCCCGGUAUCCAGAGCUGAGGAGAUGUCCUGGUCUGACAUCAUGGACACCCACCGCUGACAAGACAGCCGAAACGUAUUUCAAUACAUAUCAGGAAUACCGAGAUUCUCUAUCGAGCAUCGACCCGGUGAAGUUAACGAAAGGCCACUGGCCCCCGUCGGAUGUAGCAGAUCUAAACCUGACACGGUGUAUUCGCAUCUAUCCGCACCUACAAGACACUGGCGGUUUCUUCGUUGCUGUAUUGCAGAAAAGGCAGCAGGGAGGACCUGACACGAAAGAAAGGAAACGCGAGGCAGCAGAGCCAAGCGACGUUCCCGACGCCAAGAAGCCACGUUUGGCGCAGGAAACCGAGGGCGCGAUCGACGUAGAUGCGCAACCUGUUCAGCCCAUCGUGGCCGCCGAACCUGCCGGCUCUGAAACCCCAGAAGAUGGCGACUCAAAACCCAUAUCUUACGACUUCAAGGAGAACCCGUACACCUUCUUAUCGUCAAAGGAUCCUAUUUUGACCAGUUGCAUCAACCGCUUGAAGCUGACAGACGGAUUCCCUGCCUCCAAUAUUCUCGUCCGCAAUCCCGGUGGAGACGCCGUCCGCUCACUCUACCUCACCAAUGACAUCGUCAAGACCAUCAUAUUGAACAAUGACUAUACACGCAUAAGGCUUACUACCGCGGGCACCAAAGUCCUCGCGAAGCAAGAGGCGGGGAGGGACGGAGACGCCCAGUUCAGAGUGCUCGGAGAGGGGCUGCCGGUGGUGCUCCCGUACAUCGAUCCGUCCACGAUAAUGGAAUCCGGAGUCGGUACAUUGAGGAUAUUGCUCAAGGCGUACCAUCCAACAUGCGCUUCGUUUGAGGAACCCUUCCGAAGUCAGAUUGAGUCGAAAGGGUACCUAGCGGGGACGUAUGCUGCAGUAACUCUAUCGCACGACAUUAUUCUACCGAUCUGGAAAUCAAACGUGUCGAUAAGCUUGAUGGUCGAUAAGAAGGCCAAAAGCGCGCUAAGCCUUCGUUUGUUUGGUGCCGAUAUAACGGUUGCAGGAUUGGCUGCGCAACAACAAAAGAAUGCGCCAGCUGUCGCUGUUGAAGAACCUGAGGCCGACAUGGAAGGCGAUGAGGUCGAAGAGGUGGGCGCCAGCGUAAGUAAAGAAGAAGGCGGAAGUGCGUAG